GGAGGAAACAAAAUUAAGUUAUGUAAAUCUCUGGCCAGGUAAACUUAAAUUUAAAAAGAUAAUAUUUUCUUUGUGUGUGCAUGUGCACAUGCAGGGAGAGAACCUAGGCUGCCAGGAUUAUACAGCAAGAAACCCCCAUCUGCCGAGCCAUCUCCUGGGCUGAGAUUUAAACGUUACUUUGGAUAUUUCUCGGAGCCGUCUAAUCAGAAGUGGCUGAGCAGAGCUCUCCUAUUUACAGUACCUAACUUCACUGUCAAGAAUCCAUUUAUUGAAGCUGGCUAUGGUGGUAUAUACCUUUCAGAGCAGCAUUUGGGGAUCCUUAGGCAGGAGAAUUGUGAGUUCGAGGUUGCCCUGGGCUAUACAGCCAGACCCUGUAUGGAAAAGAAACAUAUUCCAUGACUACACUGAAGCAAGCACUGUGGUGGAACCGGCACACACAGCAAUGUGUCAAGUUCAUGGUUUGCUUCAGAACAAGUGCCACACCGAGUGGUAAGGUACAAACAGGCCUCGAUCUGCCGUGUUUUGUUUGUUUGUUUGUUCCAACCAUUUUCCUUUUUGAACAGACAUGGAUGCCUAGAAAAUAAGAAGGAUCUGAUUUUCUAUGUUUUCCUUUCCUGAGUGGAAAAAGGACUUUGGAUUAUAAUGGACAUGUGGGGAGAGACAAGAAUCAUGGUCCUAAGGAAGACUCUAGAACAAUUUGAGCGUGAUAGUUGUUUGUUGUUGCUGCUGUUGUAACUUUUAGAUUGGAUAUUAAAAAACUACUGUUAUGAGUGCUUUAAGAAAUGCAAAAUUGUUACAUUUCAACAUGGUUGGCUUAUCUGAUUUGGUUGAUUUUCUGGUAUAAUGGGAGUUUCUCAUAAAUUAUCUUAAAUGAUGAUCCUACCUUGUACAUCUCAAAGGGAAGUAGGUACGUGAGCAGUUUCUCUAAACAUAAUGGGCCCUGAUGAGAUGAGCUGCGGAGGAGAGAAGUUUUUCCCACACAGUUUCUUUUCCACAGAGGCGCAGAUAGACUGUGGGUGAUAGUGAUGUGUGUGUGUGUUUGUUUAUUCGUUUGAGACAUGUCUUCUCUGUGUAGCCCCUAGCUGUUCUGGACUUUGCUUUGUUGUCCAGACUGGUGUUGAGUUCAGAGGCCCUCCUGAGUGCUAGGGUUAGCUAGGAUAAAGGCGGUUGCCAUUACACCCAACCGAUUUUGACUUUGAGGUCAUCCUGGCAUUAGUAGUGAGAGAAGACUGAGGUAGGAUUGGUAGGCUGUUGUGGACUAGUUGGGAGCAGGCAAUGAUAGGAAAGGACACUGAGUUUAGAAUCAGGGAAGAAGAUUGUUGUGUCUCAAUGUAAAGAUUAAGUAAAUCUAUGAGGGUUACUCAAGGAAGAGGGAGAAUGAGAUUUGGCAUCAAAGCCACCAGGAGGGAUAAUUGGAUGGCCACUGUUUUAUGUAUAAAUAUACACAUACACACACACAUACACACAAACACAUAUAUACAUUUAUACAUGUAUAUAAAUAUACACACAUAUAUACACACAUACAUGUAUACAUGUAUAUAAAUACAUACAUAUACAUACACACAUGUACAUACACACAUACAUAUAUAUACAUGUACAUAUGUAUAUACAUAUAUACAUGCACACAUAUACAAAUACAUGUACAUAUAUAUGUACAUAUAUACAUACAUAUGUAUGUAUUUAUGUGUAUAAUCAUUGCAGCUCUGACCUUAAAGGGCAAUUAGGCAUGGGAGAAUGUAGACAGAGGGACAGAAAGUCUGGCCUUUGGGGCCGGCAUUGAAAGAUAUGACUUUUAGAGGGUUAAAAAAAAGAAUAUUUAAUAAUGAUUAUAUAUUCUGAGUAACUCAUGAAAACUAGGAAAGGUCCAGAAGACAAUGAAUUUUGUCUCAGAUGGUCAAGUUUUAGACUGCAUUGGGUACUUGUCUUUUCUUCUCAGUACUCAGUCAUGUAUCUAUCCAUCAUCCAUCUAUCUACCUAAUCUAGAUGCCUCUGUCUAUCUGUCUGCCUGUCUGCCUGUUUGUCUGUCUAUCUAUCUAUCUAUCUAUCUAUCUAUCUAUCUAUCUAUCUAUCUAUCUAUCUAUCAUCUAUCAUCUAUCUUACCACCACCACUACCACCACCACCACCACCACCACCACCACCACCACCAUCUCUCUACCUCAUUAAGGUAUUACUAUAGAACUGUUAAUGGCCUAGGAUUUAGUAGGUAACGUAGGCUAUUUUCAAAUUCAGGGCAAAUCUUCCACUUUAGUGUCAUGAGUGAUGGUGCUACAGGUGUGGGACCACAUUCCUGGCUUCGGUACUCCUUUAAUUCACAUUGCUCUAAUGAAAAUUACAGUUCUGUGGCUGGCUGAGCUGUGUUUUGUGACACCCAUUUACAGAGCGUGAAACAAGGCGACCUCAGUCACGAGGUGCUGUCUCCGACGUGCGUCUUCCAGCUUCCAGCUGCGGUUCCAGAUGCACUUUGUCAUUUGUUCUGAGACUGGGCUUUGAACGUCAGUCAAGCAAUCCCGGCUUACUCAAAUCAUCUGAGUAUUGAACCUGAAGAAAAGACACAGAAAAUGCUUGCUUUUCAGAUGAGCGUAACUCUGCCCCUCACGGGGAUUCGGGGCUGUUAGCGUCUUCUCUGACUGCUAGAGCACUUUCAGCACUUGAUACAUUUGUGGGAGAUGUAGCAUGAGCAGGAGCUAGUCCAGUUUCAUAGAAAGACAUGGCUUUCCACUUACAUUUGCAGUUCCACUUAUAAUUGUGGGUGUAUCCCUUGCUUCUCCUAUGACUGCUGACUUCAGAGUAGUUAAUAAUGUUUACUUCCAUGCAUAUAUUUUUUGUACUGGAUAUAUUUUAAAUUUUUUCUUUAUAAUGCGUAUGGGUAUUUUGCCUAGAUAUAUGACUGUGCACUACAUGUGCACAUGCUGGGUGCCCUCAGAGGCCCUCAGAUACCUAGAAGUAAAGUUACAGUUGGUCAGCAGCUGCCAUGUGGGUUCUGGGAAACGAAUCUGGGUCCUCGGUGAAAAGCAUCUAGUGCUCUUAACUGCUGGUCCAUCUCUCCAGACUUAUAUUGGAUACUUGAUAUCCGCAGAGUAUCUGGUGCAACGGAUGUUAAUUUUCUCACGCCUUCCCUCUCUAGUUAAUGUUGACUCUCAGGAGUGAAGGUAUUUAUUACGUGAUCAGAUUUAUAAGAGAUUGUGCCCAGCUAAUAUAUCAAAAUGCUGAAGCUGAGGGUUGUAAUCAGACCACUUAAUAGUGGGAAUGAUUCUGAAACUCUCUGGGAAGAAAAAUCAUUAAGAAAAACUUCUAGAAUACUAUAGAAUCUCACAACAAUGAAAUUGAUUAGGUUAGGCUUUUUUGAUAUGUGUGGGUUGGGGAUAUGACUCAGUUGGUAGAGGGCUUGCCCAGGAUUCGGGCAGCUCAGGCGAUUCAAUUCCCAGCACCACAUAAGCUAGAGUGGUAGUGCAUGCCUGUAUGGCAGGACUUGGGAGGUGGAGGAUUGGAAGUUCAAGUGAGUGUGAGGACAGCCUGGGAUACAGAAAACUCCAUCUCAAACAGGAAGGAAGGAAAAAGGAAAGAAAGAAGGAGGGGAAAAGGAAGAAAGAAGAAAGAAGGAAGGAGGAAGGAGGGAGGAAGGGAGAAAGGAAAGAAGGAAGGAGUAAACAAGUUGGCAUUGGCAUUAAAGCUUCUUUUGUUGGGCUGGUGGGAUGGCCAAAGACUAAUGAACUUAGUUUAAUCCCCAGAAUCCAGAGGAGGAAAAGAGAACAGACUUUCUGACCUCCACAUUGUGUGCUGUGGUAUAUGUAUACUUGUACUCAGGUGCAAAAAACACACAUGUGCUCACACACACAUGCUACAUGCACAUGUGCCCGUGCGCGUGUGCACACACACACACGCACACACACACCUCAAUAAAGAAUAUUUUGUUCAUCAAUGAUAAUAUUGUGUAGUGACUCAGUUACAAGGAACAUUGCUACAGAGGUGAAAUUAUACAAUUAUGAUUUGUUGUUAAAAUGCUGUUUUAGCAUUUAAAGGAUUGUUUUUUAAAGACAAGGUCUCACUGUGCAAGUUUGGCUAAUUCUCUAAAUGGAAUAGUCAGUCUGUUCUCAAACUCAUAGAUGUUCACUUAGCAUCUGAGAGUUGAGAUUAAAAGCGUGUACCACCGUUCCCAGGUCAAAGUGAUGACUUUUAAUUUUGGGAGAAUUUGUUCUUUAAAUGUCAUUGUGUGUGUGUGUGUGUGUGUGUGUGUGUGUGUGUGUUAACAGUUUCUUCAAGGCAUAAGUUCCUGCCAUGAAACUUACCCUGCUAAAAAUUCAAUGUUUUUUUUUUAUAUACGUAUAGUGCCUCCAUUCCACUAUUUUUAAAAUAUUUUCAUUGCCCCUGGUUAGCCUUCUUGUCUCAUAUUUUUAUAAAGUAAUAGUGCUAUUAAAAUGCUCUGAAAAGAAUUUCUUCUAAGUCUUUCUACAUGAUAAAUUUUAUUUCACUUUCAAUUUAACCUUCCCAUGUUGAAAUGGACACACUCUAAAUACAGAGUGCACAAACUGUAAUAUAUAAAGUAUUCACACCAUUAUGUUAAAUAUUUUCAUUGCAUCUGAGCAUCUUUUGUUAACGUGGUUAUAGUUGAGAGUCCAUAGAGUGUGGUGCUAUUCACACGUAAUUUAAAACAGUCUCCAUAUUAAAUGUAAAGGGAGCCAGAGCAGGCUGUGUUUUAUGUAAAGCGACAUCUGCAGUUGGCUGUAGUUCACCAACAGGAAAUUGGAUCAUGUAUCCGCUAUGUGAUUGAAUAAGACUUUCAUCUUGGGAAGAAUUCCUCCUGUAAAGCCUGCACUUGUCUGUCUUUCUGAACUGAAGCCUGUGGUGUGCAAACUGUGAUAAGGAAGCCCUGACAUGCUGGGGUGCUGGGGUGCUGGGGUGAUGGGUGCUGGGGUGCUGGGGUGCAACCACGGACUUUCCUAGAAAUAAAAAAGCAGUCGUUCACAGCCUCCUUAGCUCGCUCUAGCUGCUGGUUUUUGUAUGUCCAUCAGCUGACGCCAGUCCCUACAUAGAUUUUUUUUUCAAGUAUUAAGUGAGUUUUUUUAAAAAAACAAUAGAUUUACUCAUUUCACAUUUCAUGUGUGAGCAUUUUGCCUGUACAUACAGCGAUGCACCAAAUGCCUAUUGAGUCUGAGAUGUUUGUUGUAGGACCCGCCCUUCCUCACACCUUGGUCUAGGACACUCAAACAACACAGAAUGCACUGUGCAUGCCCUCAUGCUGGACACACCAAGGACCACAGCCCAAACACCUCAGCUUGGAUUCUAGGCUGUCCCACACCAAGGACCACAGCCCCAAACACCUCAGCUUGGAUUCUAGGCUGUCCCACACCAAGGACCACAGCCCCAAACACCUCAGCUUGGAUUCUAGGCUGUCCCAUGAACCUUUUGUUGGGCCAGUAGGGCGCUCAGAGGGUGCAGAAGGUUUUUCUCUGUUCUUAUAGAAACGUGAUGGUUAAUUACUGAGAGGACUGAUUUUUUUCAAUAUGCUGUCACCGUCAUCUUCAGAAUGUAUCCCUUCAGUGUAUAGUUGGAUUCUAUAGUAGCAAAACAUUUGAUUUUUUUAAAAGUUGUCCUUUAGGCUGGGGAGGUGGCUCUGUGGUAAAAGCACACACAUUACUCUUCCAGAGGAUCUGAGUUCAGUUCCUGGCACCCACCUCCGGUGGCUCGUGACGGCCUAUAACUUUCUAGCUUCAACAGAUCUAAAACUUUAUUGCUUCCGUGAGGAGCACACACGUACACAUGAAACACACACAUACACAUACAUACAGACACACACACACAGGCAGAGACACAGACACAUACACAGAGACACAGAGAAACACACACGGACAUACAUACACACACACUUAAAAAGAAUAAAAAUAAAUCUCCAACUCAAGAGAUGUAAGGGUUUUCAGCCAUUUUACUACCCUAUACCACCAUGUAUUGGCUGUGGUGCACUGCAUAUAAAUAGGAUGUGGUCCCUAGCAAUGUAAUUAUAUUUACUUAGAAUUGAAAAUAAUUAGAAAUGGCAAGCAAGUGCUAUUACAGUUUAUUAACUUCUUGCUUAUCUAUUAAACAUAAAUUUUACAAUCUAAAUUUGAGAGAAAAGGUAAGGCGUAGAAUUAUUUAUGUAUUAUUGUCAUUACACAGGGCAAAAAUAUGCCCAUGGGAACACAAUGAAAUAAAUAAACUGAAAAAAAAUGUGUGUAAAUAUAGGAGUGGGGUGGGUAGGAGUUAGUGUUAUCAGGGACAUCCCACCCUUGUCCCUUUAUAGGAAGUUAAGGAUACCUACUGGGAGGCCGAGGCAAACGUUGGGGAACUGCUCAGCACCCUUCGGUCAAAGCCUUUCUCUACAGUUUUCUGAUAUGUGCACUGGGGGGUGUGCGUGAGUGUGUAUGUGUCAGUGUGUUCUUAUGGGAAUAUAUAUGAGUGUAUGUGAGUGUGUGGUGUGUGUGUAUAUCUGUGAGUUUAUGGUGUGUGUGUGUGUGUUUGUGUAUGAGUUUGUGGUAUGUGUGUGAGUGUAUGUGAGUGUGUGGUGUGUGAGUGUGUGUGCGUGUGAGUUUGUGGUGUAUGUGAGUGUGGUGUGUGUGUAUGUGAGUUUGUGGUGUGUGAGUGUGUGUGCGUGUGAGUUUGUGGUGUGUGUGAGUGUGGUGUGUGUGUGUAUGUGAGUUUGUGGUGUGUGAGUGUGUGUGCGUGUGAGUUUGUGGUGUAUGUGAGUGUGGUGUGUGUGUAUGUGAGAUUGUGGUGUGUGAGUGUGUGUGCGUGUGAGUUUGUGGUGUGUGUGAGUGUGGUGUGUGUGUGUGUAUGUGAGUUUGUGGUGUAUGUGUGGUGUGGUGUGUGUGUGUGUGUGGUGUGUGUGUGUGUGUGGUGUGUGUGUGAGUGUGGUGUGUGUGUGUGUGUAUGUGAGUUUGUGGUGUGUAUGUGACUGUGUGGUAUGUGUGGGUGUGUUUGUAUGUGAGUGUGUGGUGUUUGUGAGUAUGUGUGAAUGUGUGUGUAUGUGAGUUUGUGUCGUGUGAGUGUGUGUGAGUGUGUGUGGGGUGUGUAGAAGGGUCCCAUGAACUUCAAAUCUCCAGCAUGUACCUGUAAGUCAGUCAGGGAGAAACACAGCUUUUCAGUCUUUAGACAUCAGUGUCUUUGUUCAUAGUCCAGGAAAAUUCUCUGUAAAUUGUUUGCUAGCAAUUUUAUUUUGGGUCCUCACAAACCUUGCCUUCUUGAUUUGCUACUUCUAAUUCUGGCUAUUUAGUUUGCCCUUUCUUUUUAUCUAUUUUUGUCUUAGAAAUGCUUUUUGUCCUUCAGAAAAGACAUCAAGACAAAUCCUAAAAAUAACAUAUCCAGGUCUGGUUUAUUUUAUUUGGCUGUGGUAAUCGUAAAGUUUUUAUGGGCCAAUUAAUUAUCCCAGGUGUUCGGUGAAAACAUAACUAGUGUCCCUAGCUAUGGUUCUUCUGAAGUACAGAAUCAGGCUUUAGGUAUCUUGUGAAUAUUCUUCUGGCAAGGAUCCCAGCGCAGAGCCUAUAGUGAGUUUAAUUUAUUUUGCAAGCUUUCUUUUCGUAAGUGUCUGGAAAGGGUUCCAGUUUCUGUAGAACUCCCUCACAGGAAGACAUAACAUUAUUGUCUUGAGGUAACACAUGCUGAGGCAGGUGGAUCACAGCUAACUAGAGAAAGGGAGAGACGCUGGAUCAGUAACUGGCUUGUGCUGCCUCCUAAGGUUUGCCUUCUGUUAGUUACUGUUAGUUGCUUUGGGGGUGGACCUUGACCCGCACCCUGCACUCAGCCUCUGGUGAAUUUGUAACUCUGUGAGGCUGUGUGGUACUUCAGGUUUGGCAUUGCUGGCUUUGCUACACAGAUUUUAGCAAUUAACUCCAAUCAUUUAUUAACCAGUGUGUCAAUCAGCGUUUUAUUUUUAUUUUAAUUCAAUUUCAUUCUUUUUUUAUCACUAACAAAAUAUUUCAGAAGAUCACCUCAGCAGGGGACAAAGUUCGUGUGAGCUCAUGUUUCCCAGGUUUCCUUUUGUCUCCUGUGUCACUCAGUUGUUUUAAUGUUUUGGGAGCUCAGGACAGAGCACCGAGGUGGGGGAAAAAACUGUUCAGAACUUGAGAGCUAGAAAACAGAGAGGAGAACCAGAGGCUGGGGUUCCUCUAGUUCCUCAGGGCACCCCACUGUGACUGCAUCUCCCAAGGGUCCGGCCCUUUCCACUUGUGCCGGGAUGAAAGAUCUGUCCAUGGCUGUACAGAAGUUUUCCCAGUCUCUGCAAGACUUCCAGUUUGAGUGUAUCGGAGAUGCAGAAACUGAUGACGAGAUCAGUAUUGCUCAAUCACUGAAAGAAUUUGCAAGGCUACUCAUUGCUGUAGAAGAAGAAAGGCGUAGACUGAUUCAAAAUGCUAAUGAUGUGUUAAUCGCACCCCUUGAGAAAUUUCGAAAAGAGCAGAUCGGUGCAGCUAAAGAUGGAAAGAAGAAGUUUGACAAAGAGAGUGAAAAAUACUAUUCUAUUCUGGAUAAACAUUUGAAUUUGUCGGCUAAGAAGAAGGAGUCUCAUUUGCAAGAGGCUGAUUCACAGAUUGGCCGAGAACAUCAGAACUUCUAUGAAGCUUCAUUAGAAUAUGUCUUUAAAAUCCAAGAGGUUCAAGAGAAAAAGAAGUUUGAGUUUGUGGAACCGCUUUUGUCCUUCCUUCAGGGUCUGUUUACAUUUUACCAUGAGGGAUAUGAACUUGCCCAGGAAUUUGCACCGUACAAGCAACAGCUACAAUUCAACUUACAAAAUACAAGGAACAACUUUGAAAGUACUCGACAAGAGGUGGAGAGAUUGAUGCAGAGGAUGAAGGCUGCCAACCAGGACUACAGACCACCCAGCCAGUGGACCAUGGAGGGCUAUCUUUACGUCCAGGAGAAAAGACCACUGGGUUUCACCUGGACUAAACACUACUGUACUUACGACAAAGGAAGCAAAAUGUUCACAAUGAGCGUCUCUGAUGUGAAAGCCAGUGGGAAGAUGAAUGGCCUUGUUACUGGUUCACCCGAAAUGUUUAAGUUAAAGUCAUGUAUCCGACGGAAGACAGAUUCCAUUGACAAACGCUUCUGCUUUGACAUAGAAGUGGUCGAAAGACAUGGCAUCAUCACACUACAGGCAUUCUCAGAAGCUAACCGGAAACUCUGGCUGGAGGCCAUGGACGGGAAAGAACCGAUUUACACGUUGCCCGCCAUAAUUAGCAAGAAAGAAGAAAUGUACUUAAAUGAAGCAGGGUUCAACUUCGUGAGAAAAUGUAUCCAAGCUGUGGAAACGAGAGGCAUCAACAUCUUGGGCCUGUACCGAAUAGGAGGAGUGAACUCCAAGGUCCAGAAACUCAUGAACACCACAUUUUCUCCGAAGUCCCCUCCUGAUAUGGACAUUGAUAUUGAGCUGUGGGACAAUAAGACUAUAACGAGCGGGCUGAAAAACUACCUCAGGUGCCUUGCAGAACCACUGAUGACUUACAAACUGCACAAGGAUUUCAUCAUUGCUGUCAAGUCAGACGACCAAAACUACAGGGUGGAGGCUGUCCAUGCACUGGUGCACAAAUUGCCGGAGAAAAACAGAGAGAUGCUGGACAUCUUGAUUAAACACCUGCUCAAAGUAUCUCUACAUAGCCAACAAAAUCUCAUGACUAUCUCGAAUCUUGGCGUCAUAUUUGGUCCAACGCUGAUGAGAGCACAGGAGGAAACCGUGGCUGCUAUGAUGAACAUCAAGUUUCAGAACAUAGUGGUGGAGAUCCUGAUCGAGCACUAUGAGAAGAUUUUUCAUACUGCCCCAGACCCAAACAUUCCUCUUCCUCAGCCUCAGUCUCGAUCUGGAUCCCGAAGGACGCGUGCCAUCUGCCUGUCCACAGGUUCUAGGAAGCCCAGAGGGAGGUACACACCGUGCCUGGCAGAGCCUGAUAGUGACUCCUAUAGCAGCAGCCCAGACAGCACACCCAUGGGCAGCAUAGAGUCACUCUCCUCCCACUCCUCUGAACAAAACAGCACCACAAAGUCUACUUCCUGCCAGCCCAGGGAGAAGUCAGGUGGGAUUCCCUGGAUCGCAGCCCCAUCAUCUUCCAAUGGACAGAAAAGUCUGGGUCUCUGGACAACUAGUCCAGAAUCAAGUUCUCGAGAAGAUGCAACCAAAACAGACGUGGAGUCAGAUUGCCAGAGUGUGGCCUCGGUCACCAGCCCGGGGGACGUCUCUCCCCCCAUAGACCUAGUCAAGAAAGGGCCCUAUGGGCUCUCAGGACUGAAAAGAUCCUCUGCUUCCUCCUCUCUCAGAUCCAUCUCUGCAGCAGAAGGAAACAAGAGCUACAGUGGAUCCAUUCAAAGCUUAACUUCUAUAGGCUCCAAAGAGUCACCCAAAGCCACACCAAACCCAGAGCUGCCUCCAAAAAUGUGCCGGAGGUUAAGGCUAGACACCGCCUCCAGCAAUGGCUACCAGCGACCUGGCUCAGUAGUGGCAGCAAAGGCUCAAUUAUUUGAAAAUGCUGGGUCGCUCAAGCCAGUUUCUUCUGGACGCCAAGCCAAAGCCAUGUACUCCUGCAAAGCAGAGCACAGCCAUGAGCUGUCCUUUCCCCAGGGGGCGAUCUUUUCCAAUGUACAUCCAUCAGUGGAGCCGGGGUGGCUAAAGGCGACUUAUGAAGGCAGAACAGGACUAGUCCCUGAAAACUACGUUGUCUUCCUCUAAUAGUAUUAGUGGAUGGCAGUAUCUUCAUGGUAUCCAUGGUAACACAUAAUCAGUGCUAUAAUUUUAUCUGACACAGAUAUGGGGGACCAGCCACUAAAAGAAACAUCUAUGUGUCUCAAGUUUUUCACCAGCAGACUAUGUAGCUCCUACUUGAUGGAAAGAGAAACACACAUAUUUGCAUCAUAGCUAUUCUUUUUGCUGUUUUCUUACUUUUAAGAUAUGCUUCUCUCUCUCCCUGUCUCUCUCUCUCCCUCUCUCCCACUCUCCCUCUCUCCCUCUCCCUUUCUCAGAGGAAGUGAUUUGUGACAGAGUCUGCUUGCUAGCAGUUGCAGAAUCCUAGAUACCAAACCCAAUCCUGCAUACCCCAAAUUUGGAAGUCAGAAAUCUGCUCUGCCCAUGUUAAAAUCUGUUCCUUAUUGCCUGAUAGUCUCUGGGGAACCUUGAAAUCAUUACUUUAAAAUUGUAAUUUAAAUUGUUCAUUUAUUAUUUUUGUUUUUUUAAUAUACUGUUUUUAUAUGUGAUUGUUUUGCUGGUCCUAAACAUUUCAAGAAAAUCAGUCCUUAUUUUAUCAUAACUAUAUUUUAUUUGUUUUCUAAGAUGAUAGUAUUUGAAAGCAAUAAUGUAUAUGAAGUCUGUAAAGUAAGCCGAGUGUAAGUCAAACACUGAUUCCACCAUAAGCAGUCCAUCCAGAACAGUAGAUGGUUUCUCUGAUUCCAAGCGCAAGUCGGAGAAACACGUCUGUAAAGCCUGUAAGGGUAUAUUUUUGUCGCAGGCUAGAUGUGACUUAUGAAGCCCAGAUGAACCAUCCUUCCUUUAGACGUCAUGUAAACUGAUCUUGGGACUUUUAUAAAAUUUUCCAUUAAAACACACGUGUUAAUAAAUCACAUGUGCACAUCUUUUGCUUCCUGUCAGUAUGGUGACAUUGUAAUGGCCAUUGUGGGCCAAUGUAAAGGUGUGGUGUACCAUGCAGCCAGCCCACUGGAACUGCUACGGCCUCUGGUUUUAAUGAUGGGGAAGUUUUGGACUCAGAUGCUGUUGUACAAAUGAUAAAGACAUUGUUUGAACUCUUAAUUGAGAAACUGUGCCUUCUAAACCUUUUUUUACUGGAAACAGGAAAUGAACACCUACUCGAUUCUUAGACCACAAAGUGUGCUUUCUUAAAAAAAGAUUUAUUUAUUUAUAUGAAUGUUUUGUCCACAUGUGUGUAUGUGUACUACAUGUAUGCCUUUUACCCAUGAAGGUCAGAAAAGAGAGGCUAAUAGCCUUGAACUAGAAUUACCGAGGGAACUGAGUUACUAAUGGUCGUAACUCCAGCCCCCGACCACAGAGUUUGAGAGCAAGCCAUCAUUGUUAACAGGAGUGGAAUUUACAAGGUUUUCUAGGAUGGCAUUCAGCCAUAGCCUUUCCUAUGAAUUCCACUGAAUUAUAGACCUCAUACAGCAGAGAGGUAUUUACUCUUCCUUAUGAGGUUGCAAACUAAGGGUUGUAUAUCAGCCACUCCUUCUAUCAUAACCUAUUUCAAUAAUUCCAAUGAAUAUAUACAAUGACAAAAAGCACUUCUUCUCCACAGUCUGAAAGGUUGUCUGCCCAGAGCAUGUGCCCAUGUGGCCUUGCUAUCUAACUGACUUCUUCAACCUUUUCUCUACUUCAUAGACACGCAGGUGUCUAAAGAGCUACGAAGCUAUUGUUGUGUGGUAUAGGCUAUAGUCUUGGUUUAUUCUGCAUUACAUCAGCACUUCUAGAGAAAAUAAGCAGAGUAUUCACACAGCGCUAUGCCUCAGUGCAUUUAUGCUUUUAAAUAAGUUAAGAUAUGGAUUAGAAUUAACGAGUAGAGAGUAACACUUGACAAACAGAUGUAUCCAAAAAUAACACCAGUGAACUGAAGGCCAUGAGUGCAAAGCAUCUCACAAAGAUUUGACCUGAGAGGAAAUCGAUGAAAUCUUGGCUCUUUCUCUUUCUUUCCUCUGGAUUCUAGUCUCUGUACACUGCAGUGAGGUAUUGUUAAACCCUUUGGUCAAGGUGGGUAUCUGGUGGUUUUUAGUAUACAAAUGGCAUUGCUGCCUCUGGUCACCGUUUUCUGGGACUGAAAGUAGCCUUUGUAAUGCACCAGUUGCCUCUCUGCAGGGCUUUCUGUUGAAGCCCUUUGUCAUCAACCCCUUGCAACCUGUUAGAUCAGCACCCCUGCAGGGAAGCUGGUUUGCUCUCCAAGACCAACUUGGCAGUAAGUAUCCAAUAUCUUUCUCCACUGCUGCUGCACAGAGAAAUCCCAACUUUUCAUUUUAUUUUAAUGUAGACCCUAACAUUCCUGCCUCCCAAUUGUGAGCUAAACCCAUGGAUGCUCACUUAGAGCUUUGUAGGACUAGGUUAUGAAACACAGCUUUCCUUUCUGCUGGUGAGAUCUACUCUGUCAGUAUGUGUUUGAGGCUCCUUCCCUGAAACAAGACACAAACAUGCUGGUUCAUGUUGCACUUGCGCUUUAAGAGUUCUUUCUUUGUGUUGAUUGCAUAUGUGAGGAAACCAUGAGGAUAUAUGGGAGAAAGGUUAAGGGCGCUUUCCCCUGAAGUAAGUAUCCUGCAGAUGAGGCAUGCAAGAGCACUGCAGAGAUGAAGAUGUGUGCUCUGGAGUGCCCGGAAGGAAGCUGUGCAGGGCAGGAGAGCAUCGCUGGUGAUGGAAAGAGUCCCGCUCCAAACUGUGAUGCUAUCAACUUCAUGAAGAACCUGACCUGCUCAGGGACAGUGAGAUGUGUUAGAACUGUCAUACCCACACUCUGAAUGCUACAGUAUGCACCCAAAUAAAGGCCUAUAGUUUGAUGGAUGUGAGGAAAGCAUUGGGGACUGAUGUAAUUCUCUUGGGUGUUCUGUAUGAGUAUCCUUGGGUUUGAAACACUGGUAUAUUCGACUCUUGGCCUGUGCUGCCAUUCUACUCCAUUUGGUUCAUACAAGUUAGUCAUUCAACUGAACGAUUUUCCUAAUGUAUUGUUUGCCAGUUUCUGAAAAGUAAAAGAAUCUUUCAAUCUC